AUGCCGUCCGCACACCUCCAGACCUACGCGCAAAGGGCAGAGAAACAUGCCAACCCUGCCGCGAAGGCACUCCUAGAGACUAUUGAACGCAAAAGCAGUAAUCUGUGCGUCAGCGUGGAUGUCACCAAGAAGGCCGAUUUCCUCAGGAUCAUCGACAUCGUCGGACCCUACGUCUGUCUCGUGAAGACGCACGUCGAUAUCAUCGAGGACUUCGACUCCAGCCUCAUUGACCGCCUCAAGGAACUCAGCGCAAAGCACGAUUUCCUCAUCUUCGAGGACAGAAAAUUCGCAGACAUUGGCAACACUGUCGCCCUGCAAUACUCUAGCGGCGUCCACAAGAUCGCCUCCUGGUCGCACAUUACAAAUGCACACCCCGUCCCCGGGCCCGGCAUCGUCACCGGACUCGCCUCCGUCGGCACACCGCUCGGUCGCGGGCUGCUGCUCCUCGCCGAGAUGAGCACGAAGGGAAACCUUGCAACCGGAACGUACACCGCGGACGCGGUCCGCAUGGCCCGCGCGCACCGUGACUUCGUUAUUGGCUUCAUCGCGAUGCACCGCAUGGACGGCAUCGGCGCGCAAGCAGGUGAGGCUGUCGAGGAUGAGGACUUCCUCAUCCUCACGCCGGGUGUCGGACUAGACGUGAAGGGGGACAGCAUGGGACAGCAGUACAGGACGCCCAGAGAGGUUGUCCUCGAGUCGGGAUGCGAUGUGAUCAUCGUCGGGCGAGGCAUUUAUGGCAAGGGAAGCGACGCGGAGGUGCGGGAGCAAGCCGAAAGGUACAGGAGGGAGGGCUGGGUAGCAUAUGAGGGAAGAGUGUCUCCUCGAUCGUGA